CGAUGACAUCACAUCAUUGAUGCUUCCAUGAACCACCGUUGUUUGCUUCUUGCAACCAUCUACUGUCAACAACACAAGAGUUUUACAACGUUACAUCCUGUGUCAUGGAUUCAUUGCCUCUCGAUAUUUCUCAUCCCGCAGUGAGGGAUUACCUGUCCCUUGUGAGGCUGCAGGUCCUCACUCCUUUGUCACUUCUGAUAAACAUCGCGGCACUAGUUGUGUGCUCGGUUAUUGUCAAGCCUUCAGUCGGGUCCAUCAUCAAGUUGCACCCUACAUCAAUAUCUCCUUCACCAAGCCUCAUCGCCGCUUAUGUAGUCGCUAUUUUUCUUGGACAAAUAGGCUACUGCAUAUUGCUUGUCAUGGCCAGGAAGCCGGAGACGAAGACAACGCUUGUGAAGGGAGUUGGGCUUUCCCUCGUUUUUGCAAACUGGUUGAUGGCUCUUUGGGUCAUAACUUGGGUCCUUGAGUUUUUCUUGCUCUCCACGAUACUUCUUGGGUUUCUCGUUCUAUGUUUAUUGUAUUCGAACAUCACGCUUCUCAUAUAUCAUCCGCCCACGUACUCCCGCCCUCUUGACAUGGCGCUGAUUCACGCCCCACUACGUUUCUUCCUCGUUCUUCCUCUAUCAUUGCUGUUUCCCUAUUCACUAUUCAUUACAUUGGGGUUGUUCUACUCGCCCGGCAACCCCGAAGAUUACGGAAGUUUUGCGUGGCCUGGGUUUGGAGUCACAUUUGGUGCAAAUCUCGUCGGCCUGAUCGUAAUACUGAUGCACCGUGAUGUUGUGUGGGCUGUCGCAGCUACUUGGAUUUGUGCAAGUAUAUGGAGCGCGAGGCCAAAACCUGCACCUGUUUAUAUUACCGUUAUUUUGUUCACGGUACUUCACCCCCUGGCCCUCCUUGGAACACUCCUCUACCGCCGACUUACCAAUCGAGAAGGGAGAAUUGCACUACCCAAUGAUGAAGAACAUGAUACAGCAUCAUCGGGUAGGCGUGGACCGCGAGAGGUGGAUGCUGAAGUUCUCUGGGGUUCUAGCUGAGUAGUGAGUAGGACUUUUUUUUCUUCUUGGUCAGGACGCUAUGUGAUCGUUGCGUUUGGUUUCAUUCCUGUUGGAUUACAUACAUACUGCAUACAAAGGGCAAACUGGUAGCGAGGCAAUACUUACGAGAGCAUUUGGCCGCACGUGAUCGAGAUGGUAGUCUAGACCGUCUGGCGUCACAA